AUGGCAGCAAACAACAGGUGGUGGACUGGCCAAGUAAAUCUAUCAGGAGUGGAGUCUUCGUCUCCACCUCUUAAGAAACCAGAUCUUGGCAUAUCCAUGAACGAGAAUAUUGGAUUUUUACCAACUUCAUCGCUUCUAAACAAGCCAGAUCUGAGCAUAUCUAUGAAUGAAAACAUGGGGAAUGGUGGACGGGACGACGAAGAGGAAAGGGAACACAGCGAUGAGCCUAAAGAGGGUGCCGUUGAAAUCCCAUCUCGUAGGGCAAGAGGCAGACCCCAAGGUUCCAAGAACAAGCCAAAACCACCAAUUUUUGUGACUAGGGACAGCCCUAAUGCCCUUCGCAGCCACGUUAUGGAGGUGACGAAUGGGUGCGAUGUAGCGGAGAGCAUCGCACAGUUUGCGAGGAAAAGGCAAAGAGGAGUUUGUGUACUGAGUGCAAAUGGAACAGUGACAAACGUGACAAUUAGACAGCCUUCUGCUCCUGGCGCAGUUAUGGCUCUACAUGGCCGGUUUGAAAUUCUGUCUCUGACGGGUUCUUUCCUCCCCGGGCCGGCUCCGCCGGGAUCUACAGGGUUGACUAUAUACUUAGCUGGUGGUCAGGGACAGGUGGUGGGAGGUAGUGUUGUGGGUUCUCUGGUGGCUGCUGGUCCGGUCAUGGUGAUUGCAUCCACGUUUUCGAAUGCUACAUAUGAGAGAUUGCCUCUGGAGGAGGAGGAAGAAGGCAGCGGUGGCGGUGGAAUUACAGGACCGGGACAGCUUGGAAGUAGUGGCGGUGAUGGAUCGCCUCCAGGGCUGGGAAUCAGAGAGGCAGCACAGCAACAUGGUGGUAUGGGCGAUCGAUCAUCUUUGCCUGUAUAUAAUAUUCCACCGAAUUUGCUUCAUAAUGGCGGACAGUUGAACCAUGAAUCAUUUGCUUGGAAUCAUGGCCGCCCUUCUUACUAA